AUGAACGUGGAAGUGGGCCAAGUGAAAUGCGUGAGUUCCGGGCAGAGACGCGCAUGUUGCUGGACAUUGUGGCCAGGUCGCUGUACUCAGAAAAAGAGGUGUUUGUGCGUGAGCUGGUAUCAAAUGCAAGUGAUGCCCUUGAGAAGCUGCGUUAUGUGCGACUCACAGAACCCGAGUCGGUAUCGGCAGACUCCACUGAAGCGCUGCAAAUCCACAUUGCCACCAACAAGCUGGCCAACACGUUCACCAUCCAGGACACGGGCAUCGGCAUGACGCGAGAGGAAGUGUAUGUUGACAGUUUAGGCACCAUAGCACGAUCAGGCUCCAAAGAGUUCCUCCAGAAGCUGGCUGCGAACGACGGCAAUGCAAACUCCAUCAUUGGCCAGUUUGGUGUUGGCUUCUAUUCAGCCUUCAUGGUUGCCAACCGGGUGGAAGUGUUCGCAGUCACGUCGGCAGGAGCCAAGGCGGUGCGCUGGAGCUCAGACGGCUCAGGCCAGUACGAAAUCUCGGAGGCUGAGGGCGUCCAGGAAGGCACCAAAAUUGUGCUCACCUUGAAGCCGGAUUGCUCGGACUUUGCUGAUGGGGACUUUGUGGGCAAAGUGAUAGAGAAGUACAGCAAUUUUGUAGGCAGUGCCAUCUACCUCAAUGGGCGACAAGUCAACACACUGCAGGCACUGUGGCUUCUGGAGCCCCGGGACGUGACACAAGCGCAACAUGAUGAGUUCUACCGCUACCUGUCGGGGGCAUUUGACGUGCCUCGCUUCACAGUACACUUUUGCACUGAUGUGCCCCUCUCCAUUCGGUGCCUCCUGUAUGUGCCCGAGGGCAAGCCCGGUCUCUUUGACAUGAGCCGCGAGAAGGAUGGUGUGGCCCUCUACUCACGCAAGGUGCUGAUCAAGCCAAGGGCUGAAAUCCUCCCCAAGUGGCUGCGUUUUGUCACGGGCAUUGUCGAGAGUGAAGACAUUCCUCUAAACCUGAGCCGAGAGCUGCUGCAGGACAGCGCGCUCAUCCGCAAGAUUCGCACAGUCAUUGUUGGCCGACUCAUCAGGCAGCUGGCACGCUGCGCAGAAAAGGAACCGGAGAACUACAGUCGCUUUUACCGGGACUAUGGUGUUUUCCUUAAGGAGGGCAUCUUGGCCACUCAUGAACAGGCAGAGAAGGAGGAGAUCGCACAGUUGCUGAGGUUUGAGUCGUCGCAGCAGCCAGGUGGCGACACAGUGACCCUGCCCGAGUACUGUGGGCGCAUGAAGGAGGGGCAGCGUGACAUCUAUUACCUGGCUGCCCCGAGUCGUCAGUUGGCGGAGGCAUCCCCGUACUUCGAGGCAGUGCGCGCACGAGACGUUGAAGUGCUCUUCUGCCUUGAGCCGUACGACGAGUUGGUGCUGGCGCAACUGCGGCAGUUCAGUCGCAAGAAUAUCACCUCAGUGGAGAAAGAGAUGCGCAGGGAUGCCGAGGAGGCCCACGAAGAACCAGCUGAGGUGCAAGGCCUUGUUGAGUGGCUCAAGGCAGAACUAGGGCCCAUGGUACACAAGGUGGGUCGCCAUUAUCACUGUUUAGGCUUGCUGAUAUGGCAUUUCUAGAGAAAGGUUUGUUUA